CUUUUUUCUCGUUCCUGUUCAAGCAAAUUCCCAAAAUUUAGAUUUGGCACUUUAGACUUCAUUUAGAACACUCUCACCCAUCAUGCCUCUCACCGUCCGCCUCGCCACAGCAGAAGACGCGGACCAAUUAACAGACAUCUACUUCGCCGCCUUUCAACACGACGCCAUCUCCCUGCUUGUUUUCCCCCGCAAUACCCCACAUACAAGAGAAUGGUGGCACGCCUCAAUCCUCGCCGAGAUCACCGACCCACACGCACGCUUCCUCUGCAUCGUUGACCUUUCCUCGCCAACCCCAUCCAAGAUCCUCUCGUACUGCAAAUGGAACUCGCCCUCCGCCCCAAUUGGCCUCGAUCUCCCAACCUGGCCAAAAGGAGCCGAUAUUGAGAUCGCGGAUCAUUUCUUUGGGAAUUUGGUCAGGAGUCAUGACAGGAUUAUGAGGGGGAGGAAACAUUGGUAUCUUGAAGUUGUGGCGACGAGGCCGGAGGAGCAGGGGAAGGGCGCUGCGGGGAUGUUACUUAGGUGGGGUAUGCAGAGGGCGGAUGAGGAGAGGAUGGAGGUGUAUUUGGAGGCUAGUCCAGAGGGGAAACCGAUUUAUGAACACUAUGGGUUUAUGGAGGUGGAGAGAUUGAUUGUAUCACUGGAGGGAAAGGAGGGGGUUGGUGGGGAAAAGGAGUUUGUAGAGUGCUUCAUGGUUAGAUUGGCGACUGAGAAGAAAAACUGAAUUGCAUGUUUGGC